ACAAAAUUAAAUUUUCACUAAGAGAUAACUUCACUUGACUACAAGAUCGUCGAGUGAGGUGGUUCUGUAGGGAGUUAGUAGGUUAAAUAAAUCUUUAUUUAACUAUUGUCAUCCAUUACAUCUUCCAUUUAACAAUAAUAAUGUUUAAGAACACUUUCCAAAGUGGAUUUUUGUCUAUACUGUACAGUAUUGGCAGCAAACCACUACAGAUUUGGGACAAAAAGGUACGAAAUGGUCACAUCAAGCGUAUCACAGAUAAUGAUAUUCAGUCUCUUGUUUUAGAAAUAGUUGGCACCAAUGUCAGCACAACAUAUAUCACUUGUCCAGCAGACCCCAAAAAGACUCUUGGUAUUAAGCUGCCAUUCUUAGUCAUGAUAAUCAAAAACUUGAAGAAGUACUUCACAUUUGAAGUCCAGGUAUUAGAUGACAAAAAUGUUAGGCGGAGGUUUCGUGCUAGCAAUUAUCAAAGCACAACAAGGGUAAAGCCUUUUAUCUGCACCAUGCCCAUGAGGCUAGAUGAUGGCUGGAACCAAAUUCAGUUCAAUCUGUCUGACUUCACACGUAGGGCAUAUGGCACAAAUUAUAUUGAGACUUUGAGAGUACAGAUCCAUGCAAACUGCCGAAUUCGUAGAGUGUACUUUUCUGACAGACUGUACUCAGAAGAUGAAUUACCAGCAGAGUUCAAGCUUUACCUUCCUGUACAGCAAAAGAAAUAAUUAAAUUCUUUAAUUACAUUUAUUAAUUGUACUUUAUAUACAUAAGAGACCAACCAUUCCUGUUCAAAGACCUACAAAACUACAAUGUAACUACUCCAGAAUAAAGGAAUGGUUAUAUAAUAAACAUAUUGAUGAAUAUUAUUAAUUACAAUUGUUUCAGAGUAAAAAUUGCAUAUUGCAAUUUAUGUUAAAAAAAGGAGAGAAAAAAACAACUAUCUUUUUUGCCCCCUUUUUUUUUUAUUAGAAAUACAAUUUUAAUAUAUAUGGAAACAUCUGUUAUAUAUCAAUUAAUAAUAAAAAUUUUAAAAGUUCAAUUUUAAAAUAUGGUGCUUAUUAUUUGUAAAAGAUGUUAAGAAAGCAUUUGGUUGUUUAUCACUGUAUAUUAUUGAAAAGAAAGAAUCAAAUCAUGUAAUCGACUAGAUUUAGAUUUAAUUAAGUUAAAUUAAAAUAUCAGACAAAUUUUCGUGAACAAUAUUACAGCUCCAGGAGAAAUAAGCAAUCCUUUUAUUUGUUGCUUUAAAGAAGGAUUAAAUAAAUACAAAUGUUUGUAUGAUCAUUUUAUUGAAUCUACUAAGAUAUAUAAACAUUAUUGAAGUUAUUGUUAUGUUAAUUUGCUUUUAUUUGUAUUAUACUUUUGAUUUUGUUCAUUGUUUAUAUUCAAACCAGUCCAUUAGGCAUACACAUCUGUUUAAAUGAACUGUGUAGAAGGAAUGAUGUGCAAAUGACUUGGUUCAAAGUUUGAAUCUUUAACAGCUUUUAAUGUUGUGUGUUGUCAAUUAGCACAUAUCAAAAUUUGUUUUUUUAGUUUUUGAAAAUUUACUAAAUGUUAAAUUAAAAACACUCAAAUUAAUUAUAUAUUUUAUUUUUGCUAGAAUUGGGUGUUAAUUGAAUAUAUAGAUAUACACAUCUAUAGACCAGUAGUGGUAUUCUGAUUUCUGAAAAUCAGUACUUUAGAGAAAAAUUUUUUUUAGAGCUGUGUUAGUAUUAAGUGAUUCACUUUUGAUUACCAAACUGAUUGAGUCUGUGGCAAAUGUGAGAGUGAAAGAAUAAAAACUUUAUUUUAUUCUC